GAGCAAAGAUCCAGUAACGGUAACGUUGCGGGCAGCUCAGUCCCCCAGCGGUAACGUUGCGGGCAGCUCAGUCCCCCAGCGGUAACGCUGAGGGCCGUGUGGAGCUCAGUCCGCCAGCGGUAACGUUGCGGGCAGCUCCGCGCCGUGUGGAGCUCAGUCCGCCAGCGGUAACGCGGUGCCGCCGGGCUGACAUGGCGGCCACGAGUCCCACCAGCGUGAAGUUGUCCAAAGGACAAAAAAAGAUGCUGAGAAAGCAAGUUAAAGCGCAGCACGUUCUCCGAAAGAACGACGGCAUCGCAACGGUGUCCGGGCCGACUGAACAUUUAGUCAUUGCCAAUGGUGGUUUGGGUAAUGGUGUCAGUCGACAACAACUGCUUGAAGUGUUGCAGACAUUUGGAACAGUUGAAACCCUUCUGAUGUCUCCAAAUAAACCACAUGCAUUGGUGACAUUUCGUACAAUUCAAGAAGCCAGGGAAGCACACAAAGGCCUUAAUGGACAAGAUUUAAAGACAAAUGGAAGUUCUCAGCCAAUCACUUUAUAUGUGAACUUUGUAGAGAAAGUUGUUCAUGAAGAAAUUCCUCCUUUGAGUCUGCCACCAGGCCUGCUGGUGAUUGAAGAAUUUAUUUCUCUUGAGUGUGAGGAAAGACUUUUGGCGUUUGCAGAUGGAAACACACACGUGACAAAAGAAAAUGUCCAGAAGUCUCUGAAACAUCGAAGAGUAAAGCACUAUGGAUAUGAAUUUCGUUAUGACAACAAUAACGUAGACAAGGAUAAGCCUCUACCAGGAGGUCUUCCUGAAAUAUGUGGUGACAUUUUGGAGCAAUCCAUGGAAAAAGGUUAUGUGAAAUUUAAACCUGAUCAGUUGACCAUAAACCAGUAUGAGCCUGGACAAGGAAUUCCUCCCCACAUUGAUACACAUUCACCAUUUGAAGAUGGGAUUAUCUGCCUGAGCCUUGGAGCAGAGACAGUGAUGGAUUUUAGACAUCCAGGCGGCCACAGUGUUCCAGUGAUGUUACCUCCUCGUAGUCUGUUGGUGAUGACUGGUGAAUGUAGAUACUUAUGGAGUCAUGGAAUUACCCCUAGAAAGUUUGAUGUGGUGCCAGCCUCAGAGAUGCCAAAGACUGGAAUUAUCAGUGCUGAUGCUAGUAACUUGACCUUGAAUAAGAGGGGAACAAGGACCAGUUUUACCUUUCGAAAAGUCCGAAAGAAACCCUGUGAUUGUGCUUAUCCAGAAGUCUGUGACAGUCAAAUUGAUUGUAAAUGCACAAAUCCUACUCCCUCAGUCCCAGCCAGUGAUGGGGAUGCCUCAAAGCUGGAACACAAGUAUGUACACGAUGUUUAUGAUGAGAUUGCUUGCCAUUUCAGCGAUACUAGGCAUACCCCAUGGCCGAAGGUGGUUGAAUUCCUCAAAACACUGCCAGAUGGAGCAUUGGUGGCUGAUGUUGGCUGUGGAAAUGGUAAAUACCUGGGAGUUAACAAGGACUUGUUCAUGAUUGGUUGUGAUCGCAGCAAAAAUCUUGUUGAUAUUUGCAGAGAGAAACAAUUUGAGGUCUUCAUCUGUGAUGGCUUACUCGUGCCCUUGCGCAGUGGCAUUUGUGAUGCUUGUAUUUCUAUAGCAGUUGUUCAUCACUUUUCAACAGAGGAAAGGAGGCUGUCGGCUGUCAAAGAGAUUGUGAGACUACUACGGCUGGGAGGCAAGGGACUUAUUUAUGUUUGGGCAAUGGAACAGGAACACAAGAAAGUAAAAUCUAAAUAUCUAGCAGAAAGAAAAGGAAAAUGUAUCCAACCUCAAGCAAAUUGUGUCACGGUACAAACAGGAAAUGAUUUCUCGUACAUCAAUCAAGAUGCCAAUAAAAUGGAUUUAGCUUGUUUGAAGCAACUACCAGAUGUUACCAAGGAUUCAACAGUUAAACAAAACAAUGCAAAGCUUCCUGUGCACACAAAUAGAACUAACUUUGAUUCACAAGAUUUACUUGUUCCUUGGCAUUUAAGAGGAGUUAAAAGUCACCAUAACGCUGAUGGUGUCUCAGCACUCCCACCUGAGGUCAAAGAGCAUGCUGUUUACCACCGUUUUUAUCACGUUUUCUCUGAUGGGGAAUUAGAAAACUUGUGUAGAGAUAUAUCGAAUAUUAGAAUAGUGCAGAGUUAUUAUGAUCAAGGGAAUUGGUGUGUCAUCAUUGAAAAAUGCUAAAAUGCUGUAACUUGCAUGUAACGUCAGAUUUAAUUUUGUAACUUGUCGCCCAAGGAAAUAUAAUAAUUGUAACAGAUUUUUUAAAAGUUAAACUACUUAAUAAAGAGGUAAUAUUGAUGAAGCCAGUGCUAUUCACAUCUGAAAUGCUUGUUUGCAUCAGCGCCUUCUGGAUGUCUAAUGUACAACAUGAAAACAUGAAAAAAAAACUUUACAUGAUGAGCUGAUUUCAGAAGAAACGUUUACUAUUCCAUUGUUCUCUGUAUAUCAGUCUGGAACUAAUUGGAGUAAUCUCAAAGCGUUGUUUGUUGGUCUGUGCGCGUGCCCCAUCAGCUUCGACACAUACACUUGCACUAUCCUGCACGCUAGGGACAAAUUACAAUUUUUUUUUUUAAACCAAAGCCAAUUAACCUACAAACCUCUAUCUUUUUGGAGUGUGGGAGGAAACUCCAGCACCCAGAGAAAACCCACAUGGCCAUAGGGAGAAUUUACAAACACCGUACAGACAGCACCCAUGGUCAGGAUCGGACCUGGAUUGCUGGCACUGUAAGGCAGCGACUCUACCACUGCGCCACAUUUUGUCUUAUCAGUCAUAAUGCAGUGCAGUGCAGCCAGAUAAUUGUGGUUAUUAAUUUUUUGAUGCAGGAAAUAAUGAAAUUACUGGAAGUUGAAAAUCAUGUAACAUAAGCUUUCACCUAGCAGGUGCGGCUCAGCUUCUGAAGUGUAAAAGCAUCAAUAAAACCAGUUGCUGGAUAUGUAAAACACCAGUUAGAUGGAAACAGGUUUGCAGAGAGAACCAAUGGCAGUGGUUAUUUGAAGUGGUUAAGCGUAGGGUAGUAAAUUUAGAGGAAAAUCAAAGACUAAACAUGUACAAACAUCACCCACCCAUGUCCUCCAGAGAAGCUAUCUGACCUGCUGAGUAACUCCAGCACUUUGUGUCUUGACUAAACAUUACUCUUGUGGCAAGACCAGAGAGCUCUUUCUGAGUCUUGUGGAUUCAUUAACACGUUAUCUGAAUUUGCAAGGUGUUUUUGGGUUGAAAAAGUCAGGUGAAUUCAUGAUUUGUUUUUAAUGCAGAGGCAACAGUUAAUAGUUUUGGAGAGCUCAUGAAUGAAAGGAUAGUCAAGUUAUCAAACAAAAGAUAACUCCCGAAGAUUAGUUUAUUUUCCUGCAAAUUUAAGAAGCCAGACUGUUCCUGCUAUUGGGGAGCCAUUAAUUUAAAAAGGUUGCUAGGAGGCAGAGAAUAAAGAGAUUUUGCAUAACAUUUACAUCUCAGAAAUAAAUUCAACAAGCCACAACGAGCCUCUCCCCACUUUAUCUAGCCGUAGGUGAUCGCUGUUGUUCGUGUAUAAAUUGUGUAUUCAUUCUUGAAUAAAUUAAGCUUUCUCAACAGAUCAGGGUACAUGUAUGUAAAGAAACAAUGCUGCCUGACCUGCUGAAUAUUUCCAGUAUAGUUAAAGAACUUUUGUAAACUUUGUCGGCACAGAUAUAUUGUAUUAUAUGCAAAAACAAAGAAUUUUAUUGUACCUGGCUACAUGUGACAAUAAAGUAUCAGUAUCAUCAGUA